AUGGACGCGUUCAACAGCCCCAACUCUAUCUACUCGACCUUCAACUCACAUAACACCAUUUCCGCUCUGGCAGAACUCGAAGAGAUAUUCCCUCAUAUCGUAACUCAGCUACCACAACAACACACUGAUAGGUCAGAGACGAGCUCCAAUAGCGAGGUGCAUCCCAGAGGCCGUAACAUGCAUCGCGGCAACCAUAGAGGUGGUCGUGGUGGCUCUCGUGGUGGCGGACAGGUCAGUCGUGUAUACUCCAACAGCUCCAGUAGUUCCAACCCUGACCGACCGAAUUUCAAGCGACCUUUUAUCCCUUCACCAUAUCAAGCUAGCCAACCUCUCCAAGCUCCUCAGCUAGUAGGCCCAUUCAAUGCAUCACCAGCUCAGCAGCAGUCGUAUGUUGACAUCAAUGGUCAUAGUAUCAAUGAGACCUAUAUUGGAAGGUUAAGUGUUAGCUCAAACUCACCGACUAAGAAGGCGCCAGUCAGGGGCCCAUCCAGGCUACCUAACCAAGUUUUUCCUCAGCGAGGACAUCUUCCUCAGCGCGGACAUCCUCACCAGCGCGGACAUCCUCACCAGCGCUACAGUCGCCGGAGCAGCUCACCAAAGCCGACUUUGAAGGACGGGUCAAGGCACUGGUUCUAUAGCCAAGAAGAAAAGAUCAAAGUCUUAGACAUACCCAAAGCCUACUGGACAAAAGAUGUCUACGAAGCAAUGUCAUCAUAUGGUGCUGUCUUCAGGAUCGACAUGCAGGUUGGAACUCACCUCAACAACGCCUAUGUGGUAUUCCGUCCACCCCCGACCAAGACCCUUCCACCAACAUUACGAUUGGGCAAAGUAUUCGUACGAUGGGAGACAUGUCCGUUGCCGUUUAUUACAGUCUUAAGCCCCAUUAAUACUGCAAAACGUUACUUCGAGUACAAUAUCCUUCCCGCAAAAUCAAUUGAGUUUGGUACUCGGAUUGCAGAUCGGACUAUGAUAUCCAUGUACACAGUGCAAUCACCCAAGGGUAUUCAAAUGGUACUCGAUCUGAAUCGUAAGGAGCUCGAUAUUCAUUUCCCACUUCAACUUCCCAACGACCUACGCAAAUAUCGCUUUCGACUACCCAUUGCUCUACUCUCCCAUGUCUAUAUGGUCAAUGACGAGAUCACUGGUCAACCAACCUUGAUCAUUCCCUUUGGUUCACCACCACAGCUUUACACACAGAAGAAAGAUGGCAAGAUCUUAGGAGACGGCCGGAGGCACACUACCUUCACCAACAAAGAGAAGGCAUGGAACGACUGGAACUUGUGGUUUAGGGAGACGGAUAUUAUUCACUCCAGAGACCAGAAGAAGCUUGAGCAGCUGCCGCUGAUGAAUCAUAAAGACGCCGCCAUCAUUGACAUAGGCAAGUAUUCCAUGCUGUGGCAGCCGAAUUAUCAAUUAACUAGAGAAUUAGGCCGAUGGACUGACUACCGACUGGAGUUUGAUGCAGCAGUCUUGACUGGUCCCAAGUUCCAGGACUUUAGCGACGCUUUAGCUGAUUAUGGAGUCGCGAUUGAGCACAUCGACCAAUUCGCCAUCAAGUCUAAGAUUACGUCUCCGCUGUGGUCGCUUCUGCAGGAGGAGAUUUCUACCACAUAUCCCCAUCUCGAGUUGACUCUCCAUCUCGAGUCGACUCCCAAUCUCGAGUCGACUCCCAACCUCAACCAGUCUUUCUACAAAGACCUUCUCACGAGCCAGAUGAAUCUUGAUUUCACGGUUCGGUAUCAACUAGAGGCCUGCUUGUCAAAUGGAUAUCUAAAGGAACACAGCAUCACGAGUGAGUUCCUUAAGAAGCUUCAUUCAGACCCUCGUCAUGCUGUAUGCCUACUUGAAAAGGUCGCGGACAAACAGCAUACAUACUAUGAUCCAAUGGAGAUAUUCGGUAUUCAGAUCAAAAGCCUCGAAAAGAAGAUUCCAAGCUACUGCACCCUCCAGCGAUCGGUAGUCAUCACUCCAACUAUGAUGCAUGUUGCAUCGCCUGUGAUGGAAACCUCAAACCGCAUUAUCCGAAAGUAUGCCGCAGACAGCGACCGGUUCAUCAGAGUAAAGUUCUCCGAUGAGAAAACCGAAGGCCAAUUGCGAAGCAUGCCUAAUGGAAAAUCCGGGGCAGUUUUCGACAGGGUACGCCGUGCAAUGAGACAUGGUAUCGUCGUCGCUGGAAGGUACUAUGACUUCUUAGCAUUUGGCAAUUCACAGUUCCGCGAGCAUGGCGCGUAUUUCUUCGCUCCUACUUCGUCAAUGUCAGCCAAUGACAUACGUUUGUCGCUUGGGGAUUUCACCAACGUCAAGACCGUUGCCAAGUUCGGCGCCCGUCUUGGACAGUGCUUCUCUACCACGCGUGCAAUGAGUCAAAAGGUCAGCAUCAAACCCAUUCCCGAAAUCAUGCGGAACGGAUAUACCUUCACAGAUGGCGUGGGAAAACUAUCGCCCUUUGUAGCAAAGAUGGCUGCAGAAGAACUGGGACUAUCAAACGCAUUUGAUGAUCCGCCGUCACUCUUCCAAUUCCGUCUCGGUGGUUGCAAAGGCGUACUCGCACUUGAUCCCACUAUCACUGGUACGGAGGUUCACAUCAGACCAAGUCAGCAAAAGUUCCAGGCCAAGUUUAUGGGUCUCGAAAUUAUCCGAUCUUCCGCCUUUGCUACUCCAUUCUUCAAUCGCCAGAUCAUCGUUGUGUUGUCGCAUCUCGGUGUACCCGAUCAUGUCAUCAUCAAGAAGCAACAAGAGAUGGUCAACGACUAUGAGACUGCGAUGACAGAUGAGAGUGUUGCAAUCCAGAAACUUCGAAAGCAUAUCGACAUGAACCAGACUACGUUGGCAAUGGCUGCAAUGGUUCUGGAUGGCUUUAUGAAGGUCCAGGACCCCUUUAUGAUGUCUCUACUCAAGCUUUGGAGGGCUUGCACUAUCAAGAACCUCAAAGAGAAAGCCAGGAUUGCCAUAGAAGACGGAGCCUUUGUACUAGGUUGUGUUGAUGAGACCGCAAAGCUCAAGGGGCAUAUGAAUGAUCCACAGUCCAGGCUCGAUGCCACGAGAGACGAGAAGCUGGCGACGCUCCCAGAGAUCUUCUUACAGGUCGAUGAUACCAACAAGAAGGGGCAUUACAAGAUCAUUGAAGGCGUGUGUAUUUUGGCACGCAACCCAUCACUGCACCCAGGAGAUCUCCGCGUGGUCCGGGCAGUAAACAUCCCAGAACUCCAGCAUCUCAAGAAUGUCGUUGUUCUGCCCCAAACCGGAGAUCGAGAUCUUGCAAACAUGUGCUCUGGCGGAGACCUCGAUGGUGACGAUUACAUGGUUCUAUGGGACACCGCUCUCAUCCCCAAGACGAUCAACGCGCCGCCCAUGGACUUCACGCCGGAGAAACCCGAGGAGAUUGAAGGGCCUAUCGGUGCUGCACAUAUGGGUGAAUUCUUUGUCACAUACAUGAAGAACGAUACUCUCGGACAGAUUGCACAUGCCCACCUAGCGCAAGCUGACUCCAGAGACGAUGGUGUGAACGACCAGACCUGCCUCGCUUUGGCAGAACUGCAUUCCAAAGCCGUUGACUUCCCAAAGAGCGGUUUGCCAGCCGAGAUGAACCGUGAACUGAGACCGAAGAAGUGGCCCCACUUUAUGGAGAAAAAGCAUAUGCCGGAGUACAAGAUCUAUCAUUCAACCAAAAUUCUCGGCAUGCUUUAUGAUCAAGUUCAGCUGGUUGACUUCAAGCCUCAGUGGGAGAAUCCGUUCGACAAGCGAAUCCUGAACGCAUUUGAUCUGGAGGAAACGAUGAAAGUCGAAGCAGCCAAAAUCAAGUCUUCAUAUGACGAUGCCCUCCGACGGUUGAUGGCGAAACAUGGAAUUCGAACAGAAUUCGAGGCAUGGUCUGUGUUCGUACUAGCUCACAAUCACGAGAGUCGCGACUACAAGUUUUCCGAAGAAUUUGGUCGGACCGUUGCCACUCUGAAGGAUCAAUACAGGGGUGAGUGUCGUAAAGCUGCGGGACGUGACAAUGAACUUGCGGACUGGUCUCGUCUAGGACCUUUUGUGGCAGCCAUGUAUACGGUGACAGCGCAGGAGAUGGAGGCAGCAUUGGUUGAAUGCCACACCACAAAAACUGUCGGAGGUCAAGAGGCCCCUGCACGAGCUAUGGAACCCGAGCACAUGCCACUGAUAUCCUUCCCAUGGCUGUUCCCGAGUGAACUCGGAAAGAUAGCCACUGGAGGCAAAGUACCUCGACAGCUGCCAACCGAGGUUACUCAAGGAGUUCCUCAUCGCCACAAGAAGCAUGUGGACGUGGCUUGUGGCUUUGAGGUUGAAGCUGCUACUGUUGAGACAGCUGCGGGCAUUACUCAUUACGGAGAGCUGUUGAAUUUGGACUUCGGUGCAACAAAACCAGAAAUUGGAGCUUCUACUAUCGAGACAGACACAGGUGUCAUGCGUCAUGGAGAGCGGUUGAAUUCCGACCUCGGUGCAACCAAACCAGAAAUCGAAGCUGCUCCUAUCAAGAUAUACACAGGCAUUACGCGUCAUGGAGAGCGGUUAAAUUUCGACUUCAGUGCAACAAAACCAGUAAUCGAAGCUGCUACUGUCAAGACAGACACGGGUGUUACAUGUCAUGGAGAGCGGUUGAAGUUGGACUUCGGUGCAACAAAACCAGAGAUCGGAACAAACGAAGAGGAUGUAGAGAAGAGGGGGAGCCAUGGGAUGGAGGAGGAGGGAUAUGGUUCACCGGAACCCGGUGUAGCCACAACACGAUCUCUCUCUUCCUCCUCUUCCUCCCUGUCACGGCCCAUCAUGGGACCGUAUACAUGGAAGCGGAAACAAUAA